GCUCCCAACUAGGAAAGUGGCCCUUCUCUCUCUAUCUCCACCUGGCUUUCUCUCUCUAGAAAAAGAACUCGAAAACUCGAGAGAGAGAGAGAGAGAGAGAGAGAGAAGAGGGGGAAGGGGAGGAGAGCGUCUACCGCGGCGGGGACAUGGCGACGAAGGCGAGCAGCGCCGCUUCCGGCGCGGCCUACGAGGAGGAGCGCAGGAAGCGGGUGCUUGAGAACCUCAAGCACCUCGAGGAUUUGGGCAUAUCGGAGGCGUCGAAGAGCUUGCUCCAGGCCGCGAGGCUGCAGAAGAACAAGGGCGGCGCUCGCGCAAGCCCGAAGGCGAUGAAGAAGUUCGAGGUCACCGAGGUGCGGCGUUCCUCGAGGGCGAGAACCACGGUUUCCUACAAGGAUGAUUUUGGUGAGCUGGAUACUUUUCUGCGUCGCAAAAGGCGCAGUAGUAAGGGUACAGAGCAGGGAAGGGAAUACACUGGAAGAGUUGCUUCUUAUGAACAGCAACAGCGUGCUUUUAGAAGAGCCGAGAAACUUCAAGAUAGUCUAGACCCUGAGAACCCGUCGUUUGUUAAGACCAUGGUUCGAUCACAUGUGUCCAGCUGCUUUUGGCUUGGUCUUCCUACCAGCUUCUGCAAAAAGAAUCUGCCUGCCAGAGAGUUUAGGAUGGUGUUGGAGGAUGAGGAGGGUGUUGAAUUUGACGCUGUCUACAUUGGAAACCGAACUGGUCUAAGUGGUGGAUGGAGGGGCUUUGCGAUGCACCACAACUUGGAGGAUGGGGAUUCCUUGGUAUUUGAAUUGGCCGAGCCUGACAGAUUUAAGAUUUAUAUCAUCAAAGCCAUAGAUGAUGAUGUAGAAGAGGCUGAGACUUAUGACAAGAAUGCUGCUGGGGAUACAAAAGACAAGAAUCCAACAAAGGAAGAACCUGACGAGGAAGAUUCACCUGUGGCUGAGCAGUCUUCCCCUGAACCUCCAAAAGGUGCCAAAAGAAGAAAACUCCGUGGAAGGCGGUAGUUUGCAUAUUAGUUUACAUCAAACUUGAAAUGUAGGUACUCUUCAGUGAAAGAAUGUUGCCGUAAUAGCGAUGCGCUAUUCGUCAGGUCAUCCAUUUUGCUUCUUUUUGUUGGCCUGUUCUUUUCUUAAAUUAUGGGUGUCCAAUUACCACCCAUGUAUUGCGGCAACAGCUACUUUUACCAACAUAGGCAGUCCUAGAUUGAAUGUAAAGAAAUAGUUUGACAGUCAAGCACUUAUGUUCUGAAA